AUGAAGCUAUUUACGUGCUUGCUCCAGUUGAGUGCGCUCCUUCUCCUUACACCAUUCGCUAAUGCUUUCUACUAUUACAGCAGUGGUGGAGAACGUAGGUGUUUCCACAAAGAAUUGCCCAAGAACACGUUGUUGCAAGGGAAAUAUAGCGUCCAGACUUAUGAUGAUAAAGCGAAAGCGUAUGUCACACCAUCGAGAGAUCAACUGUCGGUAGUUGUCGAAGUCGAGGAGAUAUUUGAUGACAAUCAUCGUGUUAUGAAUCAAAAACUUGCAGCUCAGUCUGAAUUCACCUUCAAUGCUCAUGAUUCAGGAGAGCACAAGAUUUGCAUACAGCCCCAAUCAACAGGAUGGUUGGCAAAAGUUAAGACUAAGGUUGACAUUGAGUUUCAAACUGGAUCCGACGCUUCGCUGGACUCUAAGGGUAAGAACACCAUGCAAUCUUUACAGAGCAAGAUUAAGGUUUUGAAUGAUAGAGUUGAGGAAAUCAGGAGGGAGCAAGAAUUGGUCAGAGAGCGUGAGGCUAUGUUCAGAGAUGUCUCCGAGUCUGCUAAUUCUCGCGCCAUGUGGUGGACUGUUUUCCAGGUAGUUGUUUUGGCAGGCACUUGCGCUUGGCAGCUAAGGCACCUCCGUACGUUCUUUGUAAAGCAGAAGAUUUUGUAA